AUGGCAACGUACUCAUAUUGCCCGAUUUCCAUCUCAGUAGAUGCUGGUCUUGGUCUAUUUCGUGGCUUUCAUGCUGUUGAAUUUAGCAAAUUAGUGUCACCAUUGAGACCAGAUGAACCAGAAGAUGUCAUUGUAUCUUCUUGUCAAAUAUUGACUACUUUCUUUCAGCAACGACAGGAGCAGAAAAUCGUUUUCAUUACACAACAUGGUUUGCUUCCUCUAAUGGAAUUACUUGAGGUUCCACGAACUCGUGUAUGUAGUCCUUAUCAAGCUCAAAGCCUGUUAUUGGCACCUACUGAAUUAUGUGAUAUUUGUUACUUGCAUUAUUGGCACUACUACUACGAAAUUUCAGGUCAUUUGCUCUGUGCUGCAAGUCCUGAAUCACAUAAUCAAAGAAAUACUGACUUUCAGGAGAAUGCUUGUCUUGUCGGUCUGAUGAGUUUAACAGUGGAUUCUCCAAUACAUUCGUCAAGCAGUGAUGACUUUGUAGCCAUUCUAGAUGCAGAGCUGGAUUCUGCUUCUGAUGCAUCACCUGAUUCUGAAGGAAUAGAAGAGAAGCAAGUGGAAUAUGUUGUUGAUGAUGAUGAUGACGACUAUAAUUCUAACCAUCGAAGGUACUCUAACAAGUAA